GCGACGAUUUUGAUGCCAUAAAUUAGAACAAUAUAGUCCAUCAUUUUAUGGAGAUCGCGGCGCAACGCUCUUUGCUAUUGAGUGCCUACAGUAAGUUAGAUGACUUUGAAAAGGACUGAAAAAUAAGCGGAAACAUGUUGCAGCGUACAAAGUCGGCGCGAAAUCGAAAGAUUAGUGGAAGAAAACCCAUUGUCUUCCCCCCACCACAGAAGCACUACAAAAUCGUCUUCAUUAAGGCGCCAUCACCACCCGCCCCAACAGCGCCAGUGAUUCCGGUCUUCCCACAAAACGAAGAGAAGACACUGGUUUAUGUGUUGGUGAAGAAACCCGAAGAGCAGCCCGAAAUUGUCAUACCCACACCAGCGCCUACGCAGCCCAGCAAACCAGAAGUUUACUUCAUUCGCUACAAGACACAAAAGGAAGAGACCGGUCCAUAUCCGAACAGCAUUUCGCCACCACCAUCGGGCGAUUAUGGGGCACCAGCAGCGCCAUCGGCACCUUCAGCGCCUAGCUCAUCGUAUGGUGCACCAUCGCACUAAGCGUGAAGAAGCAAAUCAAUAGAGCAAGUGUGCGAAACUAAGCAAACGGAUCCAAAGCAUUUUUUGUUUAUAUUUACUAGAAGAAGUGAAGGUGAAGGUGAAGCCCAAAUGCCGAUGUGAAAAGUAAUUAAUGAUAAAAGUGAAGAAAAGAAUUGGAGUUUAGGUUUAUAAGAAUGAGAUUGAGAAUUAUCCAUUGAGUAGCGUGUGGCAGUGUUGUAAGUUUAGCAAAUAUUUACGAAAUUUUGUAGAAGUUUUUUAUGCACUUUAAACUAACUAGCUAACAGUAAAGUCGGUGACGUUUUGUUUGCAAAUUCUCUUCGUUGUUGUUACUCGUACUAUUACUAACAUACGCUACGAUUUUUUAUCUAUGUAUGUAUAUGCUUAUGAAAAAGCUAAUUUUUUAUUAUUAAUUAACUAAUUACUGAUUACUGCUUAUUAAGCAACGUGAAAGCGAAAAAAAAUUUAACGUGUGACAACCAGCUAAGCCUCGAAAUGCCAGCUCAUGCUGGCUCAUGUUUUUGUUUUAAAGAAUUUGUUUAUAACGAUUUUGAAGUUCAUUCAUGAAUUCAUUGAAAGCUCAUCGAAAGCUCAUCGAAAGCUCAUCAAAAGCUCAUCGAAAGCUCUACGAAAACUUAUUGCCGUUUUUAUUUUUUAGUUCUUUGAUAUAUGUAGUUAUUUUUGUUGUUUCUAAUGACCGCAGCGUUGGCGAUUUGUGCAGCGAGCGCUCUUUAAAAGCCGCCGCUCCCUCUCUCUACUCAACUCUCUUCUUGUUUUUCGUUCGUCUGUAGCGGCUCCUUGUUCGCGCGCACUUUUUAGCCUUCGCAGUUCGGCUGUUUGUUUCAUAUUUAAUUAUGUUUUUUUAAAUGUAUGUUAAAUGAUGUUUUUAGUUUUAAAUGUGUGCGUUAUACAUAAAAAAAAAAAAUGAAAUGUUUAAAUGUUAAUAA